GCCACUUUUCACCGCCCCGCCCACACAUUCUACUCCAACUUUUGCGAUUUCGAACUUUUCUGCGGCCCACCUGAAAUUAUUUCCUCUCUUCAGUCACUACUAACCCACAGCACAACAGCUUUUUUUCCCCUUUUCCCAUCGACUCUCUUUUCAAUCACAAAAGGGUCACCGUCAAGAUGGGUAUUGAUCUCGACCGCCACCACGUGCGCAGCACCCACCGCAAGGCGCCCAAGAGCGACAAUGUCUACCUUAAGCUCUUGGUGAAGCUGUACCGCUUCCUGGCCCGCCGAACGGACUCCAACUUCAACAAGGUCGUCCUUCGCCGCCUCUUCAUGUCCCGCAUCAACCGACCCCCCGUCUCCCUCUCCCGCGUCAAGAAGCAGAUCCCCGAGGACGGUAAAGGCAAGACUGUCGUUGUUGUCGGUACCAUCACCGACGACAACCGUCUCCUCGAGGUCCCCAAGGUUACCAUCGCUGCUCUGCGAUUCACCGCCACCGCCCGUGCCCGCAUCGUCGCUGCUGGUGGUGAGGCUUUGACCCUCGACCAGCUCGCUCUCCGCGCCCCUACCGGCAGCAACACCCUGCUGCUCCGCGGCCCCAAGAACGCCCGCGAGGCUGUCAAGCACUUCGGCUUCGGCCCCCACAAGCACAAGAAGCCGUACGUCCAGUCCAAGGGCCGCAAAUUCGAGAAGGCCCGUGGUCGCAGACGGUCAAGGGGUUUCAAGGUCUAAAGAAAAAACGGUGUGGGUUAGGUCUUGGUGUUGCGUCGUCUCUUCCGAUAUACCAUGGAUGCAGUUCUCAGAUGGAAGAGGGUUACGCUACUUCAGGAGUGGUUUAUGCAUGGCUCGGCGUGAUACGGGAUUACAGAAUCAGUUCAUAUACAGAAUUGAGAUGCUUUGCCACUUUUCUGACAACGACUCCAACUGCUUUUUUUUCCCUAGUUAAACAAUUGUUGUGACUUAACGAAUACAUGAUAUUUUGAUGAAGAGAAAUCACUACCAGUGCUGGUAACACC